UUGAAUGGUUGAAGUAAGUGAUGGAAAUUUUAAAAAUUAAUAUCUAAAGGUAUAAAUCUACAUAUGUGACCACCUAAUUUGUUCUUAUCUGAUUUUGAUUACUGAUUCUUGAAAAUUCUCAUCUGAUACAUAUGUCUUUAACGCCGUAAAUUAUUUUAUUUCCAAAUCUGCUGUGCUACUUCAUUUUUUACGGGACUCAUUCAUGAAUAUGAGUGAGUCCUGUAUCAUUGUAUACUUUUCUUCUGCAUUGUUUUACCGAAAAAUUGCAUAAAUACUUUUCAUAAGAAAAAUACAUGAAAACUUAUUGCACUGAAAUCUUCCUCUUCAAAAAAAAAUAGUUGCAAAAAUAGUUUCAGCUUCUGAAACUUGAAUUCAGAUUCCGAAAAAAACUUUGCUUAUUUAUAUUUGCCCAUUUCUAUUUCAAGAUUUGCAGUGAAUUUUUCUAUAAUUAAUUUUGACGAGUAUUAUAUUUGCAUGAGAUCCAGGUUUAAAUGGUUCACACCUGCCAACAGAGCCUUCAGGGCCACCUUCCGCAGAAAAAAUUAUAGAAUUUUAGCAGGAGACAGCAUGGAGUCAGUCAAAAUUUUGUACUCGUUCAGUGGAAUCAACCUCCAGCCUCAGAGAAGAGAUCUUUUUCCAGCGAGUUAUUAUUAAAUUGUUCGAAAAUCUUAGUUGUUUUCUUAAAAAUCGUUGAUCAUGUCGAAACAGAGCAAGAAAUCACCAAUGGAUAACGAAAGCGAAAUCAACCAAGACCAAGAUUGUGGUGAGUCGUCUGAGGAUAAGCAACGCGUUGAGGAGUUGCUCAAUGCGUAUCGACGGCUAAGGGCGAAAUAUGCGAAAUUGGUUGCCGAUCAAGAGCGGCUCCUACAGGACAACAAAAAGCUUAACAAAGAGAUUAAAGAGAUUCAACUCUCGUUUCACAAGGACAUGGACGGUUUUCGAGACCGUAUGGAAAUACAUCGGAACAGAAUUACCGAGUUCCACAAGACGUUCAAGCCGCUCGCCGAUCGAUUAGGUUCGCUUCGUACUGUCCGCGGUGGCUUCGACAGCCUUCAAAACUAUUAAUUCAAGACUAAAUGUAAAAAUACAGGUGAAUAAUAAUAAA